AUGUUUAGUGCAACAAAGGAUGACAUUAGCACUUUUGGAGAGUACAUAGGGAGCAAGGAUUUGGUUGAUUACAUAUUGGCUUUUGAGUCUACAUCAUUUGUGGAAAACCCAUCACAAUGUGAGGAUAUUCAGCAAUCAGAGGAAUCAGAUGACAAAGAAAGCAAUGAAAGUAGUAAGAUUGAUCUUAAGCAAUUACUAGAUCACCUUCGCUAUGCAUUUUUGGGUGACAAUUCUGCAUUUCCAGUGAUUAUUUCUUCAUCACUCACCAGAGACGAAGAUGAUAGAUUAUUGAAAAUGUUGAGGGAUCAUAAGGCCGCUUUGGGAUGGUCGAUAGCUGACAUCAAGGGGAUAAGUCCUACAAUCUGCAUGCAUAAAAUCCUCAUGGAAGAAUCUUACAAGCCAUCCAUCGAACAUCAAAGAAGGUUAAACCCAGCAAUGAAAGAAGUGGUUCGAGUGGAGAUUCUAAAGCUAUUGAAGCUAAUUCCAACAAGAACAGUAACUGGCUGGAGGGUGUGCAUUGAUUACAGGAAACUGAAUAAGAUAACUAGAAAGGACCAUUUCCCACUCUUGUUCAUAGAUAAAAUGUUGGAUAGAUUAGCUGGCUACUCUUACUAUUAUUUUCUUGAUGGAUAUUCGAGCUACAACCAGAUUGCUAUAGCACCAGAAGAUCAGGAAAAGACAACCUUCACCUGUCCCUAUGGAACUUUUACCUACAGACGGAUGCCAUUUGGGUUAUGCAAUGGACCGGCACUUUUCAGAGAUUCAUGA